AAAGUUUAAAGUAGUGAAGUAGUGUAGAAGUAGAAUUAUAUCUUUCGACUUCGACUUCGUCAUGACUGCUAUAUAUAACUCAGGGUGCGACUUGGUAGGGAAGUUCAAAACUUCUAUGAAGCGGUUCGUCCAGGAGGUAGAAAUAGGUAAUGCGAAGUGCUCCUAGGCCACCCAACAUGUUCUCUUACAUUCUCCCCAUUCUCACCGCAGACAACACUCGCGAGGGCGCCGUCCAGACCAACGAGCGUCUCCGCCUGGUGACGGGCAAGGUGUCCGUCUCGUACAACACCGUGAAGAGCGCCCUCACCGGACUACACGAGCGCUACGAAUCCUCCAAGGCGGAAAGGAACGUCUUCAGGCGGUACGCCCUGCUCAAGGGCAUUGUCAAGGAGGUCAUCCAGCUCGACGCUCAGUACUGGCUGCUUCUUGACGUACCAAAGCAAGACAAGCAGGAACAGGUGAACGCAUAUGUGCUUCGUGCAUGUGCGGUGCUGGAAAAAGCGUCAGAUACGCGGCCAACGGGCGAACAGUCCAAGAGCCAGGCUGCCCAACAAGCGGAGGAAGAAGCUAGAGAGAAGGAGAGGAAGGCAAGACUAGAAGCUGCCACGGUACAACAAAUAGAAGAGGAGAACACGCUGCUCAUCAACGAUCUCUACCGUCUCCUCAAAAAGUACGCCAACCUGCGAUUGGUGGUGCAUACAUUGCAUCUUUCAUAUAGGGCGGCGAGGAUGUACCCUAUCUUUCCCAGGUACAAUAUGUUGAAGGACAUGAUCAAGGACGUCCUCAGGGACCCCAGUUACAUGGAAGUGUGUCACGAAGAGAGCUAAAGCUUCUUCUUAUUCUCCCUCCCUCUCUCCGCCCCGGCGCCAACCGCACUUCGCCUAUACAAGGAACGACAACGCCCCCAAGAAGGUACCAAGAAAAAGUUUCAUCUUAUGAGGAUUCAAUGCUGAUUCGCCAAAUUUGAAUAUCAGAGUUGUUUAAAAAGACGAGUGCUUUGGUCUUCACUAGUUAGACAAUUAAUUCUUAUACUUUUUUUUCCUCAGCAAAUUAUUUCCCUGAUUGAAGGAAUAAUAAUCUUACUUGAAUGUCAAGUGCCCAGAAAAAGAUAAAUUUCGAGAUAAACGAGAAUUUCAAAAUUUUCUGUGGCAAUUACAUUUUUCUUAGUAGAAUCUAUUUAUUAAUAUAUCGCACAGUGCAAUAAAUAAUUUAAUAGGUUUUUUUAUUAUAUUCUUCAAAAUAAUGAGCGA